AUGGAUAGUAUUAGUAAUUCUGGUGUGAGUCUAAUACUUAAUCCUGAUAUUGCAAAUGUAAUAAAUGAACAUCAACAUGAUCUAUCAACAUGUGAAGAAGAAUUUGAAAAUCAGGAAGAAAUUCAACAAAUGCUUGCUAAUGCAUUUGAUAGUCAAUCAUUAUCAAAUACAGACAAUGAUGAGCAUGCAUUUGAUGAUGAUGAUGACGAUGAUGUACAAUUACCUGUUCAAAUUUCAACAAUUGAACAUGUACCGCAAUCAGAAGAUAAUGUUCGUCUUCAACAAGACAAUGAAACUUUGCGUCAUCGUAUAACUGAAUAUGCUGCAAAUGAAGAAAUUUAUCGACAAAAUACAUUGGAAUAUGAACAUAAAAUGAAUGAGUUAAAUGAAAAACAUGAACAAAAAUUUUUUUCACUUCGUCUUGAAUAUGAAACGAAAAUUGAACAAUUAAUAAAUAAAACAAGUGAACAACAAAUUGAAAUGUUAACAUUAAAACAAAUGUAUGAAACAAUAUAUGAUGAGAAAUGUCAUGUUGAUGAACAAAUUAAUGAUAUUCGUUUAAAUGAACAAAAUCUUCAAGAAAAAUUAGAUAAAAUACAAACAGAAUAUGAACAAUUAUUAAAAUUAAAUAAAAAACCAUUAAUGAUAAAUGUUCUUACACAAACGGAAACUAAUAAUGAAACUGAACAACAAAUAGAAAUAUUAACGAAACAAAAUAUUCAAUUAGUGGAUGAAUUGACACGAAUAUCGAAUCAAUUAAAUUUAUUACAAACUCAUUAUAAUGAACGUGAACAAUUCUUCUCUACUGAAAAGAUUCAAUAUGAAAAACAUAUUAAAGAAUUAUCCAAACGUCCAACGAUGACUUGUAUCAAACUUCAAACAGAUUUUAUUGAUGAUGAUAAAAAAAUAAAACAAUUACAAAAUGAACUUGAUGAUUAUAAAUUAAAAUUGAAUAGUAAACAAAUAGAAAUAAAUAGUUUAAAAUUUGAUUUAAAUAAUUUAAAACAAGAAAUGAAUGAUCGUUUAUCAUUAUUAACAACAAAUAUAUCAAAUGAAAAAUUAAAUAAAGUUUUAUCUGAACGUGAUCAACAUUUAAAUGAAUUAAAUAAAUUAAAAAUUGAAUUACCAGAUUUAAAACAACAAAUGAUUGAAAGUUUUCAAACAAAAGUUAUUACAUUUAAGGAACAAGUUAAAAAAGCUUUAGUUGAAAAAGAAAAUGAUUACAAAAAGAAAAUUGAACAAAUUGAAAAUGAAUAUAUUUCUCAAUAUGAACAAGUUCUAGAAAAAAAUAAACAAAUUGUUCGUUCCUUAAUUGCAUCGAAACAAGAAGAAUUUAUUACAGAAAAAACUAAAAUAAUUUCAGAAUAUGAAGAAAUAUUAAAGACACUUCAGACACAACAGUUACCCAAUGAUGAACGACGUAUGUUUGAACAAAAAAUCGAAGAAUUAACUCGUGCUCAUGAUAAAUGUAGUCAAUACAUAGUAAAACGUGAGCAUGAACAUCGUCAACGUGAAAAAACAUCUUUAAAUCUUCAACAAUUUGACGAAACAAAACGAAAAUAUAAUGAUGAAAUUCAUCGACUUUAUGAUCAAAUAGCUAAACAAAAUCAACAACAAAUUCUUUUAAUCGAUGAACAUCAAAAACAAAUUGAACAAUUGAAAAAUACUUAUGAUCAACGUUACCGUAUUCUUUUAGAUGAAUGGAAAAUAUAUAAUAAUGAUUUACAUGAUAAUAAUACAAAACUCAAAACAAAAUUAAAAGAAUAUGAAAAAACCAUAGUACAAUUGCGUUAUCAUAUUAUUAAUUUGCAAAUUGAAUAUUUGCAAAAUGGUGGAAAUUCAAAUAAAAUUCUUCAAUUAACAAAUGAGAUUAAAUAA